GCAGCACAAGGCGCGAGAUAAAGAUGGCGGCGACGGUGGGGGAAACAGCGUGAUAUACUGAAGUAGUGGCACUGAACCCGAGUACUACCACUGUAUAAAAUGGAUAACAUGUCGCAGUAGGUGUUUACUGGUAAUACCAAGUACUACAUACUCACCGUAACCCCCCUUUCCCCCGAGAGAGCAUUCAUCCUGUGAUUGUGGAGAAAUCACCGGGAGAGCAUGGCUUCUGCGCACAGUAACCAGUACAUCUUCGGGGAGUUCAGCCAGGAUGAGUUCAAUCAGUUCUUUGUGACUCCCCGUUGUUAUGUUGAGCUUCCCCCCUUCAAUGAUAAAGUCUCCUGCAUCAGUCAUCCCUCAGGAGGUUACUGCACUCCUGCUGUGCCUUACAUAACGGAAUCAUUGAGACGGCAGGUUUGCGGAGAUGACUACCAGCAUAUCGAGUUUGGCGUGGAUGAGGUAAUGAGUGCAGAGCCAGUGGCAAUGAGAGACUCGCUGUACAAAGUGUCUAGCAUUCUUAAUCCUCAGGCCCCUGAGUUCAUCUUAGGCUGCCAACCAUCUCAGAAGGCCCUUCCUUCAGCCUUGCCGGUUGCCAAUAUCCCAGAUGGCGCAGACUUCAACUCCCUGUGCUGCGACAACUCCGAGACAUCAGUCUUGGGUGGCCAUCAGGCCUGCUCGGACAUGGAUGGGGUUUCUGGUGGCUUGGGACAACGAAAGAAAAAGAAAAAAAGGCCACCGGGAUACUAUAACUACUUGGAAGGUUGCAACAGUAACAGCAUUGGUCUAGCUGCAGAAAGCAUUGGGAGCUCAGGGCUGGUAAAUGGACACACUCCAAAUGCUCCGGGCUCAGAGGACAUGUUGGGUGAUGAGCUCAUUCCCCCUGAUUCUGCAACAUGCACAACAUCAAAAGCCCAAAAUGCCCCUACUUCCCAUCAAAGGACUUGUGAUAGCCCUGACAAUUCAGCGUUGGACUUGUCAAGCGGAGCUGCCUCUUUGUCAGAGAGAAACGGUGCAGCUUCUUUGUCUACUUCAUCUUCAUCCUCUCAAAGCAGUGGGGUGGCACAGAAUCCCAGGACUGCAGAGCAGCAUGCAGAACCCCUAGCUCUGGAGAGCACAGUACUCUUUGGUAAUGGAGGGCACAGCCCUUCACCAUCUCCCAUUCCCCCCUCUGUUGCUGUGGCCAGCCCCACUGCCACCACAAUUCCUGCUACUACUGAUGAGGGGGUGGCCGAGGGCUAUGGGGAGGCUAACGGACUGCCAGAGAUGGCCCCGGCUGCUGAAGCCACAGACAUACUCCAAGACUCGUCUGAAACAGGCGAGGAGCAGUCUGCCUCUGUCACCCUUCUUCCCUUAGACUCUGAAGUCCAGCCAGUAGUCUCGGCCGCUCCCCCUGCAGCACCUGUGUGCAAUCCCCCAAAAUCCUGGGCCAGCCUCUUUCACAACUCCAAGCCUCUGCCUGGAGGCCCUCAAGCUUAUGUUGAGGUGAAGAGCAUGCCUGCUGUGGUUGUGCUCACUCCGGCUGCCUCGGAGUUGCCCGAGAAGGCCAGCGAAGUGCGUGAGGGUCCUGUCCCUGUUAAUGAAGACCCUAUGGCCCCAAAAUUGGCAGAACUAAUCGAGAAUGUGAAGUUGAUACACAAACCAGUGUCUUUGCAGCCAAGAGGACUGAUAAACAAGGGAAACUGGUGCUAUAUCAAUGCUACCCUGCAGGCCCUGAUUGCGUGUCCCCCCAUGUAUCAUCUGAUGAAGUCUAUUCCCCUUUUUAGUGAGAUGCAGAGACCCUGCACGUCCACACCCAUGAUGGAUAACUUUGUCCGGCUUGUGAAUGAGUUCAGCAAUAUGCCUGUCCCUUCCAAGCUCAAACUGCAAGCUGCUGGAGAGAAGAUGAUAAAAGACAUUAGACCGGGUGUUCCUUUUGAACCCACAUAUAUCUACAAACUCCUCACCCUCAUCAAAUCAAGCCUUUCUGAGAAGGGUCGUCAGGAGGAUGCGGAGGAGUACCUUGGUUUCAUACUAAACGGACUGCAUGAGGAAAUGUUGGCACUGAAGAAGCUUAUCUCUCCACAGGAAGAGAAAGCCCCCACACCAAACGGCCCUGAGUCUCAGCCUAGUGUGGAAGAAGACCCUGCUGAGAAAAAGGAAGAGGGCAGUGAGGAUGAGUGGGAACAGGUUGGACCCAGAAACAAAACAUCCAUUACCCGUCAGGCAGACUUCAUCCGCACUCCCAUCACAGACAUAUUUGGCGGCCACAUCAGAUCUGUGGUAUAUCAGCAGAGCUCAAAAGAAUCUGCUACCCUGCAGCCCUUCUUCACGCUGCAGUUGGACAUCCAAUCAGAGAAGAUCCGCACAGUCCAGGAGGCCCUGGAGGUACUGGUGGCACGGGAGUCCGUUCAGGGCUACACCACUAAGAGCAAGCAGGAGAUUGAGAUCAGCCGGCGAGUGACUCUUGAAGAGCUUCCUCCAGUGCUGGUGCUUCAUCUCAAGAGAUUUGUCUUUGAGAAGACCGGUGGAUGUCAAAAACUUGUCAAGAAUGUCGAUUACCCUGUUGAUCUGGAGAUCAGUAAAGAUCUCUUGUCACAGGGGGUGCGGAGCAAAAUCUUUAAAGGCCAAAGAACCUACAGGCUCUUUGCAGUUGUCUAUCACCAUGGGAACAGUGCCACGGGUGGCCACUACACUACAGAUGUCUUCCACAUCGGUUUGAAUGGUUGGCUGCGCAUUGAUGACCAGGCGGUGAAAAUUAUCAAUCAGCACCAGGUGGUGAAGCAGACUUCAGAGCGCACUGCUUACCUGCUGUACUACCGUCGAUUGGACCUGCUGUAGAAUCCAUACACGCGCACACAAACACGCACACGUUUACAUACAGACAUGCACACAAUCACACACUAACACACCCACACGUGUCUCAACAAGAACACUGCCCAACUUCACAAUUGUCCUUCCUCCUUCAACCCUGCUAUUCCAGAGAGCCAGCUUUUCCAACGAUUUUUCUUUUUUUCGAAAGACGACGACAAACGUAUCUAAAGACUUUCCCCGAAAUGGCGUCCGCCCCUCCACGUAUGACUUUGCGCGGGUCUGGAAGAGGUUAAGAGGAGAAAUGUUAGCACUGGAGAAGGCUCCAGUUUGGAGAGACGGUCCUGAAACACUGCUAAUGUCCACAGCCUCGUGUUGACUGGCCCGAGUGGAUCCCCACCAAAAGGACUCAAACCAGUUGAGGCAGAAAACUGAUGGACUGCUGGAGAAAAUCAUACUUUUUUCUUUUCUGUUUUUGUUUAAUCUACUUUUUUAAAUGGCAUAGAGAGAAAAAAAUAUAAAGUGCUUUGCCUUUUAGCGAAGGGAGUUGCAGCAGUUCAGUGGAGCCUGUUAAAUUGACGAGCAUAAAUGAGGCCCAGCACCAGCGAGCUACUGAAAUUUGUGUAGAUCUGUGAGUUUCUCGACUCUUCAAGCAAGACACUCUACUUCAACUCCUCUUCCCCAUUUCGCUCACAAUCCUGACACUUUCAGAUCUGAAUUACACUUGAGUCAUGGAAAAGAUAGCGGGCUGGAGAAAGGGUGCUGCAGUGUGCUGAAAUGGGGGAAAUAAAACCAAAACGAAAAAAAAAAUUCAAAUUGGCUUCUAUGUUUGAAAACCUCUGUGAUUUUGCGUGUAGGAUUCUAAUGACUCUUACAAUUUUAAUGCGCUUUAGGAUAUACAUGAUUAAAAAAAAGCUUUGUGCACGAAAAAAUAUAAAACUGGUCAAUAAAAAUGUGGAUGUGCUUUUUGCACAUUUCUUGCAGAUAUUUGUUUUAAAAAGUAUUAUAAAAAGGAAAUGCAAAAAUCUAAAUUUUGGUGAUGAUCACCUUGAGCUCCCUGGGGGGUUUGCGCUUGUUCUUUUAGGCUUUCUAUGUACUUUCUCGCACACUUUAAUGCUGGUAAGAUACCAGUGAUGUCUAAGAUUCCAUCAUGAACAUUAAUGGAAUAGGUCGCCCUAAAAUUAAAAUUCUGUUAGUGUACACAUCCUCGUGUCAUUCCAAACCCAUAUGACCUUUUUUCGUAGAAGGAUAGCUCAAUGAGAUUUCAGUUUCAGUCCAUCUUAUGAAUUCAAUGCAACUGAUAGUGACUUGCUUUAAAGCUUAAAAAGGACCAAAAUGUGUCAUAAGUAGUCAAUGCAACUUGUGCAUCAUAUUCCAAGUCCUCUGAAGGCAUACAAUAGGUUUAGGACUUAAAACAUCAGAAAUUGUCACGUGAACUCCUGUGCGACUAUUCACAGAUUUUUUUUUUUUUUUUUUCAGGCUGUUCUCACCAAAACCUAUGUAUGUCUUCAGAAGACUUGGAAUAUGAUGCAUUAACUACUUAUGACACAUUUUGGUCCUUUUUAGGCUUUAUAAGUAAGUCACUAUCAACUGCCAUUGUAUUGGAAAAAAAAUAGACCGGAACAUUAAUUAAAAUUUCUCCUUUUGUUACGCUUAAAGUCGUACUUGUUUGAAAUGCCAUGAGGGUACAUUUUGAGUAGUAAAUUUGACAGUUUUAAUUUUUGGUGAGGUGUUCUUUUAACCCACAUUUAUUUUUGUCACAUUCUUCAGUAGUUCUUCUGUUAGUUCAUUUCUGUAUCAUUUGAAUAAGUUUAUCAGCUUUCCUCUGCCUGCCUUUUGAUGUCAGUAGAACAGCAAGAACUGAGCCACUCUUGCAAAGGGUAAAGAGAGGGCUGUUUUAAGACAGGUGCAUAAUCUGGUCCGCAUCCUUUUGUUUGUUAGCCCGCUCCGAGCAGUCAGCCUGUAAUUUACAUGUUGAGGCUUUGUGUGCAGCUCUGAGGAUAAUACCUCCAGAAUGGGUUGCAAGAAAUGACUCUAAUGGCUGUGUUGUCACCAGGUGAGAGCCAACUCUGCCUAAAAUGCAUCUACAGAUGUGCAAACAAUGAAUCAUGUUUUGGAGACCUUGCAUCAAUAUUAUACCUGAUUGUAUUCUGUUGAUUUUUGACUUUUUUUUUUUUUCUCUCUUUAGUACCCUUCAAUUUCUGUUUCUUUUGAAAGAAAAUGACCCAAGGUUAAAGCACAACAAUGAUUAAAGCUGUACAAGUACUUUGCUUGACCAUAUAUAUUUCAUUUUACAUUUAUUUAAAUUUGAGAUUUCCAUACAAUAAAAGUACAAUUAACAUGAAGAGCAUUUAUAUCCAUUAAAUAAUGCAGCAAAUUGCUUAACUGGCUUUUACCCCUUUAUCUAAACCUCUAUCAAAAUCCUUAGUUCAUUUAAAGGAAUAGUUCUCCCAAAAACGAACAUCCUGCCAUUUAUUCACCUUCAUGCCAUUCCGAACCUGUUCCAACAGACAUAACAUAAGAUGUCUUGUCAAGACAUUGGAUAAUGUCUCACUUUAGCGCUUAGAGUGCCCCAAAGUAUCAAUAAAGUAAUCCAUACGACUAGUGUGUCAUAUUCCAAGUCUUCUAAAGGCAUACUGUAGGUUUCGGCAAGUAAUGACCUGAAAUUUAAGUCGCUUCAGUGAAAAUCUUGACGGCAGUUGCACAUUUAUGAGCUAUGAAAGAAGCUUGUUCACAGUGGCUUGUGUUAUAGCGUGAAAAACAUGCUUUUUAAAAAAAAUAAAAUAAUUUUUUUUAGCUAAAUUCUUUUGUAAAUGUGUGCCACUGGGAACAAGCUUUUCUCUUGAAUUUGUACGAUCGUCAGAUUUUCACUAGAAAAAUGACUCAAAUUGUAUGCCUUUGACUUUGAAUGAAAGUGAAUUUUGAUACUUUUGGGUCCUUUUUUUAUGCUUCAAAGUGAGUCACUAUCCACUGCCAUUGUAUUGUAAUGAUGGCCUGUGAUAUUCAUUAAAACAUCUUUUGUGUUCUGCAUAAAAUAGUCAAAUGGGUUUGAAACGACAUGAGGGUGAGUAAAAGGUGUCUGAAAUGUAAUUUUUGGGUGAACUUUUCCUUUUGAAUUUUUUUUUUAUAAAGGUACAUCAUUAAACUUUCUACAAUUAAAUUCAAUUAGAUGUAACACCACAUAAGCACUGCACACAUUUUAUGAUUGUAAAAAGUGGGGUACACAGCUCCCAGGAAGUGAUGCUUUGUGCUGAGCUCUUUGCACAGUCCAUCCUCUGACCAUCGGUUAGACUAGUGUUAACGAAUUGUUUCCACAGCUUUAAAAGCCAAGCAUGAAUUUCACAUCCAUCUGAAUGAGCUUAUUUUAUCAUACCGGCACUUGCGUGCACUUGGAAUAUCCCACCAAAUAUGUUCAAUCAUGUCAUACAAAAGCUGUCAAUUUUUCUGGUCAAUUCUUUAUGUAUUUACAAAUGCCAAGUUUUACCCCUGUGUCCUUUUGAGCUUAAAUUUGGUUAUUUGAAUCUACAGGACUAAAGGAGUGCAUCCCCCCCCCCACCAAGUGAAACCAAAGGAUACAUAACUUGUAUAAACAGAAACUGUUGCCUCUUAUGAUUGCUAUAAGAUACAAUGUAUAAGUAUUUUUCCCCCAAACCUUAGUCUUUAUACAGUAUGUACCACUAAGAUCUUUCUUGACCUGAAUUUAGUUGACAUGCAUAUCAUGAAGAGAAGCAUUUAGAAAAUCACUUCCUAAGUGUUGGUUAAAAUGUGUUGACGCUAUUUGGUUGCAUCUGAUGCACUCAUCGUGUCUGUUUACUUCUUUUUCAAGGUGAAGAUUUUCCUUGUAUUAGUUCCACCUUUUGAGACUGUUUCUUUCUCUUCCUUCAGUAUAUGUCUCGGUCAGGGAAAGUCCUGGUUAAUAGCUACAAAGAUGUUUGUCUUUUCAGUUUGUGCUUCCUAACCCUUGUGUCUGCUGAGAACUUGAUGCAUUGGGAAAAUGAGCUAAAUACAAACUAUAUAAUGUCAUCCUCAGCCUUCUACUUUUUUUGUCAACUGUUCAAAUAAAAACUAAAUAAAUUGUG